AUGGCAAUUGACUAUUCGAAAUGGGAUAAGAUUGAAAUCAGUGAUGAUUCCGAUAUUGAGGUUCAUCCAAACGUGGACAAACGUUCCUUCAUUAAGUGGAAGCAACAAAGUAUCCACCAAGAGCGUGAGAAGAGAAAGUCAGAUAUUGCUAACUUAGAAUUUCAACUAGAAAUGUAUAACCAUUUGAACAAAAGAGUUGAUAAAUUAAUGAUCCAGUUAAAGGAUGAUGAUCUUAUCUCUAAAGACAGUGUCUCUAAGUUUUUGAAUGAAAACUUCGAUAAAACCGAGAAAGGUAGCGGGGAAAAUGUGGAUCCAGAUCUUCCUCCAUACAAUGAAAUGGUUUUGGACUUGUUUGAACAAUUGGAACGCAAUGCGAAAAAUGAUAACAAAGACCCCAAGGAUGGCGCCGUGAUUAGAGAAGAGCUUAUGAAACAUAGAGCCAAGAUUGCCGCCGUUAGCAAAGAGGCUGAAGAAAAAUUGAAGCAGCUAUACAUUGAAAAGUCUAUGCACAUCUCAUCCGAGGAUGUACACACAGGAUUUGACAAAGGUUUUAUCAAUGCAGCAAAAGAGGAUGCUCCAGUUCCAGAUUAUCUUAAAGAUGCAAGUACAAAUCAAGUAGCAUUACCUAAACCAAAGAUCCAGCCAAUUGAUUACAAAGAUGACAUUCUAAAGAUUGCGCCGGAAACGGAAAAGUUUGGUUCUAUCCAGCCUGGUAAUUACGCUGAAGCUGAGAAAUUUUUGUUGGAGCAUCCUCAAAUACUUUCGGAGCAGCAGAAGGACGCCCUCAUGAUGAGUGCCUUUGAACAUGAAAUGUCUGGAAACACACAACGUGCAUAUCAAGUUAUUCACCAAUCUGAACUAUUAAGCUACUUGCUUGAAAUCUAUGCCAUGAAAAAACUGCCAGACUUCAAUGUAUCUCAGAUGAAAGAGGUAAUUGAAAUGUUUUUCGAAAGGCUCUUUUCACCACGUUCUAACCCUAUGGCCAAGAAAUCCUUUUUGGAAUCUGUUCAAACAAAGUACGAACAUGUUAAAACCCGUAGUAAAGCAAUGCAGGAGGAGUCAGAUGGUGAGGGAGAAGGUGUUGAGACUAUCCAAUUGAAAUCUUUGGAUAAUUCAGCAGAACUACAAGUGAAUUUGCCUGAUUUCUCUUCUUCUGAACCAGGUGAAGUUGCAAAAGUCCAAGCUUUUAAUAAGCUACCCCCAAAAAUGCAGGAAGCUGUUAAGUCCCAAAACCUUGAUGCCAUAAAUGCCGUGUUUGCUGAGCUACCAAUGGAUAAAGCCGAACAGAUCUUGGAUAUCUUUCACGAAGGUGGUAUCAUCGGAAUCAAUGCUGUGCUAGAAGAUGAGAAUGAAUUCAAAGAACUUCAGGAGCAUUAUCAAAAUGAUCAAGGUAUUGAGAAUCUUACUAUUCAGGAGGUAGAAGAUACCGAUGAACAUAAAGAAGCAGACGAUGCCGUCCCUAUAAGUAGCGCGGAUAUAGUCGAUUAA